CUGGGCCCAGGCGAGCUGCGCCGCUAGCCACGAACAAAGUUACAAUAUCUCCAAAUAAAUUCCAUGACUUUUAUGAGCCAUUUUGCACAAAGAGGCGAUUGCUCACUUUUGGGAAUACCCCGUCAUCGGAGGGAUCCACGGUCCGGCGGGAUGCGGCUCUGAAUGGCUUUGUUUUCCCGCAAACUGAUCGAACUCCACGCAAGGAGAAAAGAAAGCUAGCUGGCUAAAGCUGCUAGCGGCUAGCCGACUCGUGUGCUAUCCACUUCCUUGUUGGAGUGUGAUGGAAGGCGACAAGAAGUUUGUGAGUUUUUUUCCACCCUCACUUUAACACUAUCCGGUGAAUGGAUUCACCUGUUUGCACUGGCGGUAACAGUUUCGAAGUAGUGGAUUUUAAAUCCGGAGCAGCUUCGGGCCUGUGCUUUGACCAUGAAAUGGAAUGCGGCUGUGUAGCUGGACACAGUUAGCUGCUGGAGGCUAACUGGCUAAACCGACUAGCAAAUCUGGGAGAUGUCCGUCCUGGGAUACAAUGGUUGAGUACCGACUGACUUUAUAACUAAGCUGCAUAUUGUGGAUUCGGUAUGACAGAGCCUACCGAUGUCACGGAUUACCGUGUGGAGUAACUCGCUUUGUAAUGCUAACGAUAAGCUCGUGAGCUAGCUGGCUGGCUGUGUUUAAUUGUGAGUUUGCUGUAACGCUAGCUAACUAGCCUGUUAACUCAGCUAGCCCAAUGUUUUGUUCGUCAACAGAGCAAGAGACGUAGCUCAGUUGAUAUAAUCCUAUUCUCGGCUGUAACGUUUACUCGGUGGCUCGAUGCCUAAUUCGGAGGUGCUUCGUGAGGGUCGGGGACGGAGCCCCUCUGCACAGAGGAAUGCUAACAGGCAGGAGAGGCGCAAUAAGCCUGGGAGCGGUGCCGCUCAGCGAGAGAAGCACCGUGAGAAGGGGCGAUCGUCGGCUUCACGGAGAAAGAAACGCAGGCAACCGAAGGGGAGAGACUUGUGGCAUACUGGUACAACAGAGGACACGGACAACAAUCGAAAAUUUGAUAAAGAGGUUGAACUUCGGACAUUAGUAGAGUACGAUGACGUGAGCUCCCAGUCGGAGCGGUUUUCUGGGAGCCCCUCUCCCAAACUUGACCCCCAUGCUGAUACUCUGUCAGUGGACCGACUCAGCGAUUUUGGUGAAUAUAACGGACCAGCAUCUCCAGACAGACAUCAGACCAGAGAGAGGGAGGCAGUGUGCCCCAGCAAGGACGCACAGGCGAAGGGAGCCCCGGAGAGGAGCAGGCAGGAGAAGGAGCUGGGGAGGAAAAAGGAGCGUCCAAGUCGAGAGAAAGACUCGAAAGUUAGGAGUGGAAGUAGCCUGAGUGGCUCUAAAAAUCACAGAGACGCUACUAGAAGCACUGAUAGGAAUGGCAAAAGGACGUCGACGUCCCAGUCCUCCCAGUCUUCAGAGAAAAAGGAUUCAAAAAGACACAGGAGUAAAACAAGAUCUGAUAAAGAGCCUCCAUCCGCGUACAGAGACACUCCGCAGUCUUACAGAGACGAUCGGGACGACCUCAGGGCAUACAGGAGAAGUCCUGGUUUCAAAUCAGAAAGUCCCUAUGGGACAUCAUAUUCAUACAGCUACCAGUCCCCUGGUGGUUACAACCAGCUCAUAUCCAGACGAAGUCCAACUUACGGGAGCAAAAGACUUUCUCCCAGUUCCGCAUAUUACAGCCGGGAUGUGGACACGUAUGGGGCGUACAGCGCCCCAAAGUCGCCGAGCUCAUACUCCAGCAACAAGAGGAAGCGCUCCCCCGUGAGCCCGGCGAACUGGCGCCGGUCACCGAGUUAUGGCCGUCACAGUCCAUACGAGCCGGGGGAGUUCGGCUCCAGUCCGUACGGAAACCGCAGGAGAUCACGAAGUCCGUACAGGAAGUCACUAAGCCCGAGUCCAGACGUCAGACGGUCUGCCAGGUCACGUAGCAGAAGUCCAUAUUCCUCGUCAAGGCACUCACGCUCUCGCAGCCGCCACCGCCACUCUCGGUCCCGGAGCCGCCCCUCCAGCCUCUCGCCGAGCACUCUCACCUUCAAAACCAGCCUCGCCGCUGAGCUCAGCAAGCAGAAGAAGGCCAAAGCCGCAGAAGCGGCUGCCAAGGCCAAGACCUCCAGCAAUGCGUCCACUCCGACCAAGAGUUCCUCCUCCGCCCCACAGCCCAGCCCCAAAUCCAACCACACAGCCAGGAAAGCGCGUCCCCCCUCCCCACCGCAGCCAGAGAAGGGGCCCAGGACCCCCACGUCCAGCCAGCCUCAAUCCCCCUCCGACAAGCCAUCCAAGAGGAGCGUCGAACAGCCGGGCAGCAGAGAGCGGGACGGGAAGCUGAAGGAGGACAGCGUGCAGCGCGACAAGAGGAAAGCAGCAGCGUCUGCGCAAGGAAAAGAGAAAGAACGAGCCGCCGCGCCUCUCCUCUCCACUCUGUCUGCUCUGCCUCUCCCACCGACUAUCCUGGAGCACAUGGACAAAGGAGAAAGCUUGAAAGACAGUGCACUCUCAGGUAAGAAACGGCAGGAGAAGAAAUCCCGUCAGCUUCUGAGCGACCUGCCUCUGCCCCCCGAGCUGCCCGGAGGCACCUCCUCUCCACACAGCCCCCCCGAGGACAAGAAAGCCCAGACAGCCCGAAGAAGACCCAAGAUUUGUGGCCCGAGAUACGGCGAAAUUAAAGAAACAGAGAUUGAUUGGGGAAAACGCUGCGUGGACAAGUUUGAAAUCAUCGGUAUUACAGGAGAAGGUACAUACGGACAAGUGUACAAAGCUAAAGACAAAGACACCGCUGAAAUGGUGGCUUUGAAGAAGGUCCGACUGGACAAUGAAAAAGAAGGUUUCCCCAUCACGGCCAUCAGAGAGAUUAAAAUCCUUCGACAGCUCAACCACAAGAGCAUCAUCAACAUGAAAGAGAUCGUCACAGACAAGGAGGACGCGCUGGACUUCAAAAACGAUAAAGGUGCUUUUUAUCUGGUAUUUGAAUACAUGGAUCACGACCUGAUGGGUCUGCUGGAGUCGGGUUUGGUGCAUUUCAACGAGAGCCACAUCAAGUCGUUCAUGCGGCAGCUGCUGGAGGGUCUGGAUUACUGCCACAAGAAGAACUUCCUACACAGAGACAUCAAGUGCUCCAAUAUUCUUCUCAAUAACAAAGGUCAAAUAAAGCUGGCAGACUUUGGUCUGGCUCGGCUGUAUAACUCCGAGGAGAGUCGACCAUACACCAAUAAAGUGAUCACGCUGUGGUACCGCCCUCCCGAGCUGCUCCUGGGGGAGGAGAGGUACACUCCAGCCAUCGAUGUAUGGAGCUGCGGAUGCAUUCUUGGAGAAUUGUUCACAAAGAAACCGAUAUUUCAAGCUAACCAGGAGCUGGCACAGUUAGAGCUGAUAAGCCGGAUUUGUGGAAGCCCCUGUCCUGCUGUGUGGCCAGACGUGAUUAAACUUCCCUUCUUCAACACCAUGAAACCAAAGAAACAGUACCGCAGGCGGUUACGAGAGGAGUUUGCUUUCAUUCCUCCGUCGGCGCUGGACCUUUUCGACCACAUGCUGAACCUGGACCCCAGCAAGCGCUGCACGGCCGAGCAGGCGCUCGGCAGCGAGUUCCUCAAAGACGUGGAUCCCGACAAGAUGCCUCCUCCGGAUCUCCCGCUGUGGCAGGACUGCCAUGAGCUGUGGAGUAAGAAGCGCCGGCGACAGAAGCAGAUGCCAGAAGAGCUGGUGGCUCCGAAGGCGCCUCGCAAAGAGCUGGGGCUGGACGACAGCCGCAGUAACACCCCGCAGGGCGUCCCCGCCCCCGGGGGCAUCAAAACGCAGAACGCAGCUGCUACCGCGCUGCUUGAUCCGAAGGGUCCGAACUCUCAGUUCACGCAGGAGCAGCUGGCCGUCCUCCUCAACUUCUUCGGCCAGCCGAAGAGCGCCGUCAGCACGGCGCAGUUCGUCCAGUCCAUGAGCACCAAGGUCAACCAGGAGACGUUACAGCAGCUCUCCAAGGCCCUGGCUCCCCCCGACUCGGCCGAGCCCCCUCCUCAGCCCGCCCCCUCCAAGCCCCCCCAGCCCUCCGGCCCGCCGGGAGUUCCCCGCACGCCCCCCAUGCCCAAGCCCCCCUCGCCGCCCAUGUCUGCGCCGACCAGCAUCCCAGAGGGCGAGGCGGCGGCCGCCACGCAGACCGCCAUGACGAUGCUGCUGGCUCAGCUCCUGCAGGCCCAGCAGGCCCAGAGGCUCGAGGCAGCCGACGGAGGAGACGGAGCCGAGAGCAGCAACCCGGCGGGAGCAGCAGCACCGCUUCUACCUCCAGAGAGCAAACAGCCUCCCGAGCCCAGCCCCGUGUCUCCAGUGUCCGAGGUGGGCGGAGUCUCCAUCCUGCCUCCAGACCAGAGACCUCCGGAGCCCCCGGAGCCGCCUCCCCACGCGGACCUGGACUACCGGCAGCCCCCGCCCGAGCCCAAGACGGGCCACGCCCCUCCCAUCGCCUCCGCCGGGGGUGGGGACGGCGGCCGACCCCCGGAGCCGGACUACCCCCCCCUCCCCACUGCCGAGGCGUCUGGAUACGGGGGCGAAUAUAACCACCCGCCCCCCCCUCCCUUCACCCCCGCGGGGUUCGGGGAGAGCUUCAUGGGCCACAUGCUGGGCGGGGGCCUCCCCCCUCACACCCUCAGAGAGGUGUUCGGCGGUCCCGGGCCGGCCCCCGCCUCCUCGGCCGCCCCCGGGGUCCUGGCGCCGGCCCACCCCGACCCGUACCCGCCGGGGCCGGGGCCGGGGGCCACGGGGCCCGGCAGCAUGGUGUUCACCGGAGACAAGGACCACCGCUUCGAGUACAAUCACAGCCCCCUGCCCGUGGAGCCGCAGCCCAACCCCGGCGCCAUCCACCUGUACAACCACGCCAUGGCCCGGAAGGACGGCGUCCCCCCUCCCCCGCCCAUCCCGGCGCCAGGACAACCCUGGGGCUCCCCCUCUCAAGUCGGGGCGCCGCCGCUGCCCCUCGGCUUCGUCCCACACGUGAACUCAGCAGCAACAAUCAGAGGACGAGGGCUGCCUUUCUGAAAGACUGGAAACAAGAACUGUGAGGCGGGAGGGGAGGGGGCGGUGCUUGAUCCCCCCCACCCCCCCGAGGCCGGACCGCCGCGUCUGGAGAUGCACAUUCAGUUUGUAAUAACUUAAAUCUGUGUAAGGCAUUGUAUUCCUCCUCGGUCUGGAAAGCGGAGUACGUUGCAGGACAGUCGAAUAACAGCGGAGGAGCUUUUCUUGCUCAUACCAUUUUCAUAUUUUUUUGUAAUCUAUUCUGCUGUCUUUUAAAUUAAACUUUUACCUUUUUUGAGUGUACAUUUAUCAGGCCAGGUAAAUUUUAAAUCUCUUACCUUAGCCUUUCUGUAAUUGCUCCAGGGCAGACUAGUAUUAAUGUUUUGCACUACUGAUUGAAGUAGGCGGAAAACUAUUUUAGCUAUGAAAGGAAAAUGGAUCAUGUGCAAAACCUGCACAUAUAGGAAUAUGACCAGUUAUGUUCUCCUUUAUUUUUUCCCUUUUAUUUUUUUUUUUCGUCAAUGGCCAAGUUCAUAUAGAAUUGCUGAGGGCUCAUUUGAUCAGGUUCACGGAUCAGGCAUCAGCUGGAGGAGGACUGGUAGCACUUUGGUGACUGCUACAGGCGGACGGCGUGGAGAAAAGGCAGUUUUGCCUUUUUUUUUUUUUGCCGGUAGGUUGUUGUAUCAUUGUUAGGAAAGCAAACCGACAUAACCCCAGUUCAAAAAGGAAACAAUGUCUUUUUUUUUUUCUUUUUGUACUAAAAUCAUUUGUCCCUCCUCCCUUUCUCCUUUGGCAAAUGUUUAUUAAAGAAAUGCCAACAGUG